AAUAAUUCAAUCUCCAUUUUAUGAAGCUCUUUAAAUAAGCAUUUGGAAAGAAAGAAUAAGAUAAUAACCAAGAAAAAUUAAAAUAAUCUAAUGGUACUUUUACUAUUGAUGAAUAAUUUAUGACCCCAGAAUUUUUAUAUAAGCCUUCAUAAGAUGGAUCAAAAAAAUUAUCAAAACAAUUCUUUCUUUCUUUAUCUACUAUUGAAAAUACUUUUAAUUUGUAAUAAGUUAAAUCGCAUUCUUUAAUUGAAGAAUUAGUUGCUAUGUAUUAAGAAUGCGUUUAAAUUUAUGAUGGAUUAAUGGAUCCUAUAAAAUAUUAUUUCGUUGAUAAAAUAAAGAAUAUCUUGAAUUAGACAGAUAAAUUUUAAGGAAGAAAUCAUUCAGCUUCCUAACAUGUCUAAUCUGUAUCUACAAAUAAUUUUUAAAUGACAAUUCAAAAUGAUUAAAAACCUUUUUUCAAGGAUUUCGAAGAUUUUGCAGAUAAGGCUGAAAAAUUAACUGAAUUUGUUACACCAAGAGAUGAAGAAACUUUUUAUAAGAAUAAUUUUAAUAAACAUGACGAAAUAAAAAAAAAAAUUGACAUUUAAUAAUAGAUUAUAUAAUAAUAAUAGUAAGAAUUAUAAGCAAUGAAAAGAGAUAAUAAUAGUACAAGUAGUUAUUUAUCGAAAUCUCUCAAUUAAACACCAACUGUAGCAUAAUAAAUAAAUUCAAAAUAGUCAGAAAAUAAAUAUCAAAUUUAAUCAUAAUUAGAAAAUUAAGAAUUAUCUAUUUAAGCUAGAUUAUAAUUACGUUAAAAAAAUUAAAAAGUAAAAAAAGAACAAUGA